AUGGCGGACGCAUCUGUUCUGGUCACCAAGCCCGUAGCAGCAAUCACUGUCAUCACGAUCAACAGACCAAAGGCGAAGAAUGCAGUCGACAGACCCACGGCAAAAGCACUCUACGAUGCGGUGAUCGCCUUUGAGCAAGACGCAACCCAGAAGGUCUGCAUUCUCAAUGGAUCUAAUGGCACAUUUUGCUCGGGUGCGGAUCUGAAGUCCGUGGCCAAAGGGGCAGAGGGUAAACAGCAGCCACUUCUACAGCCGAUCAUUCCAGGCCAGCGUACUAUAGCACCGAUGGGACCGAGUCGACUUGCCGUGGCGAAACCCAUGAUCGCAGCAGUGUCGGGCUAUGCUGUUGCUGGUGGUCUGGAGUUGAGUCUGUUGGCAGAUAUGCGCAUCGUAGAAGACGACGCUGUGCUAGGGGUCUUCUGUAGACGUUGGGGUGUGCCACUCAUUGACGGGGGCACCGUCCGAUUGCAGGCCAUCAUUGGCUAUGGUCGUGCUAUGGAUAUGAUACUCACGGGACGUCCAGUUGGAGCUCAGGAGGCUCUGGCGAUGGGUCUCGCAAACCGGGUCGUUGGGAAAGGUGAAGGGCUCGACGCCGCGCUCGCCUUGGCUCGGGAGCUCUUGAAGUUUCCAUUUGCUUGCAUGAUGGCGGACAGAGCGAGUCUGGCUUAUAGCGCCUUCUCGGCCACGUCCUUCGACGACGCACUCACACAGGAAUUUGAGCGGGGAGCGACGGUCCUCAAAGAAGCUGCCGAGGGCGCAGCUAGAUUCUCGGCCGGCGAAGGGCGACACGGAGAUUUUGGGAAGCUGUAA